CGAGCGCCUCCCUCCCGCUCCCAGCCGAGCGCAGCGCCCGGAGCAUGGAGCCUGCCUGAGACACUCCGCGGGGCUCCGGCAGCUGCUGCUGCGGCGCACAACAUGGAGGCGGCGGCCUCGCUGCUCCUGCUGGCCGCCGCGGUGCUUCAGUGCCACUUGGGCUCGCUGCGGGCUUCUCCUCUUCUGCUUUUCGCCAAUCGUCGGGAUGUCAGACUGGUGGAUGCUGGAGGAGUGAAGCCAGAGUCCACUAUAGUGGUCAGCGGCUUAGAAGAUGCUGCAGCGGUUGACUUUCAGUACUCACAAGGCAUCAUUUACUGGACAGACGUGAGCGAAGAAGCCAUCAAGCAAACGUACUUGAACAGAACUGGGAAUGUAGUGCAGAAUGUCAUUAUUUCUGGUCUGGUUUCUCCGGAUGGCCUGGCAUGUGAUUGGAUUGGGAAAAAGCUGUACUGGACGGACUCAGAAACCAAUAGGAUAGAAGUUGCUAAUCUCAAUGGAACAUCUAGAAAAGUCCUCUUCUGGCAAGACCUGGACCAGCCAAGGGCAAUUGCCUUGGAUCCAGCACAUGGGUACAUGUAUUGGACGGACUGGGGAGAAACACCCAGAAUAGAACGAGCAGGAAUGGAUAGCAGCACUCGAAAAAUAAUUGUUAAUUCAGACAUAUAUUGGCCUAAUGGACUCACGAUAGAUCUUGAUGAGCAGAAGCUGUACUGGGCUGAUGCAAAGCUGAGUUUCAUUCAUAGAGCAAAUCUGGAUGGUUCCUUUAGGCAAAAGGUUGUGGAAGGGAGUCUCACUCACCCAUUUGCGCUGACAUUGUCUGGAGAGACGUUGUAUUGGACAGACUGGCAGACUCGCUCCAUUCAUGCCUGUGACAAAAGGACCGGAGAGAGAAAGAGAGAAAUACUGAAUGCACUUUACUCACCAAUGGACAUCCAAGUCUUGAGUCCAGAGCGGCAGCCAUACUUUCAUACUCCCUGUGAAGAAAACAAUGGAGGCUGCUCUCACCUCUGCCUGCUGUCUCCCAGAGACCCCUUCUUCACCUGUGCCUGUCCCACUGGAGUGCAGCUGGAAGAUGAUGGCAAGACCUGUAAAGCAGGUGCCGAGGAAGUCUUGCUGCUCGCUAGAAGGACAGAUUUGCGAAGAAUCUCCUUGGACAUGCCAGACUUCACUGACAUUAUUCUGCAGAUAGACAAUAUCAGGCACGCGAUUGCAAUAGACUAUGAUCCUGUUGAGGGCUACAUAUACUGGACUGACGAUGAUGUCCGGGCUAUUCGUCGGGCUUACCUUGAUGGUUCUGGAGCACAGACCCUAGUGACCACGGAAAUUAAUCAUCCUGAUGGCAUAGCAGUAGACUGGGUGGCAAGGAACCUGUACUGGACUGACACAGGAACAGAUCGCAUUGAAGUAACCCGAUUGAAUGGGACAUCCAGAAAGAUCCUUAUAUCGGAAAAUCUAGAUGAACCUAGAGCGAUAGUGCUAAAUCCUGUGAUGGGCUACAUGUAUUGGACGGACUGGGGUGAAAAUCCAAAGAUUGAAUGUGCUUAUCUGGAUGGCUCAGAGAGGAGGGUCCUAGUGAACAGUUCUCUAGGUUGGCCUAAUGGCUUGGCACUGGAUCUUGAAGAAGACAAACUUUACUGGGGAGAUGCAAAGACAGACAAAAUUGAAGUAAUAAAUGUUGACGGAACAAUGAGAAAAACUCUACUAGAAGAUAAGCUUCCUCAUAUAUUUGGGUUUACUUUGCUGGGAGACUACAUCUACUGGACAGACUGGCAGAGACGAAGUAUUGAAAGAGUUCACAAAAUAAGAGCAAGCAGGGAUAUCAUCAUAGAUCAGUUGCCAGACCUAAUGGGCCUCAAAGCAGCAAGUGUGACCAAAGUGUUUGGAACCAAUCCUUGUGCUGAGAAUAAUGGAGGCUGCAGCCAUCUGUGUUUCUUCACACCUCUGGAGACCAGAUGUGCUUGUCCCAUAGGGCUGGAGUUGCUGAGCGACAUGAAGACCUGCAUCAUUCCUGAAGCCUUCCUUGUUUUCACCAGCAGAGCAGCAAUUCAUAGGAUUUCCCUUGAAACCAACAAUAAUGAUGUAGCUAUUCCUCUUACUGGUGUCAAAGAGGCAUCUGCUCUGGAUUUUGAUGUGUCUGAUAAUAGAAUCUAUUGGACUGAUAUUAGCUUAAAGACCAUAAGCCGGGCAUUCAUGAAUGGGAGCUCUGUUGAACAUGUGAUUGAGUUUGGGUUAGACUACCCUGAGGGAAUGGCAGUAGACUGGAUGGGAAAGAACCUUUACUGGGCAGAUACUGGAACCAAUCGAAUUGAAGUAGCGCGCCUGGAUGGACAGUACAGACAGGUUCUUGUGUGGAAGGAUUUGGAUAACCCAAGGUCUUUGGCUCUUGAUCCUACUAAAGGUUAUAUGUACUGGACAGAGUGGGGAGGUAAACCAAGGAUCGUUCGAGCAUAUAUGGAUGGGACAAACAGCAUCACUUUGGUUGAUAAAGUGGGACGUGCCAAUGAUUUAACUAUUGACUAUGCAGACCAAAGAUUAUAUUGGACUGACCUAGACACAAGUAUGAUUGAGUCAUCAAACAUGCUAGGUCAAGAAAGGGAAAUAAUAGCAGAUGAUCUACCUCAUCCAUUUGGACUAACACAGUACAGUGAUUACAUCUACUGGACAGACUGGAACCUUCACAGUAUAGAAAGAGCAGACAAGACCAAUGGGAAGAACCGGACGCUAAUUCAAGGACAUCUGGAUUUUGUGAUGGACAUAUUGGUCUUUCACUCUUCACGUCAGGAUGGCUUGAAUGACUGCAUGCAAAGCAAUGGGCACUGUGGACAAUUGUGCCUUGCCAUACCAAAUGGGUAUAGAUGUGGGUGUGCCUCUCAUUAUACCUUGGAUCCCAACAGCAGGAACUGCAGUUCUCCCACCAGCUUCUUGCUGUUUAGCCAGAAGUCUGCAAUCAGUCGAAUGAUACCAGAUGACCAGCAAAGUCCAGAUAUCAUCCUUCCUGUGCAUGGUCUAAGAAAUGUCAAGGCCAUUGAUUAUGAUCCCUUAGAUAAACUGAUUUAUUGGGUGGAUGGACGUCAGAACAUUAUUAAAAGAGCCAAAGAUGAUGGUACCCAGCCUUUCACUGUCAUGAGUGCUCCAAACCAAAGCCAAAACCCAGAGAAGCAGCCGCAUGACCUGAGUAUUGAUAUUUACAGCCAUACCUUGUACUGGACCUGUGAGGCCACAAAUUCAAUCAGUGUUCACAGACUUAAUGGAGAACCAAUUGGAAUGGUGUUAAAAGGAGAUCAUGACAAGCCAAGAGCCAUAGUAGUCAAUGCAGAGCGAGGGUACAUGUACUUCACCAACAUGCAAGAGCGAGCCCCGAAGAUAGAGCGUGCAGCCCUGGACGGCACAGAACGAGAAGUGCUUUUUAGUACCGGGCUGAUCCGACCUGUUGCACUGGUAAUUGACAACAAGCUUGGGAAACUCUUCUGGGUAGACGCAGAUCUCAAACGCAUUGAAAGCUGUGAUUUGUCAGGAGCUAACCGUGUGACACUGGAGGACUCCAACAUCCUGCAGCCAAUGGGACUGACUGUGUUGGGGAAUCACUUGUACUGGAUUGACCGUCAGCAGCAGAUGAUUGAGAGAGUUGAGAAAACCAGUGGAUACAAGAGGACUAGAAUCCAAGGCCGAAUUGCUCAUUUGACAGGCAUUCAUGCAGUGGAAGAAGUUGAUAUGGAUGAAUUUUCUGCACAUCCAUGUUCCCGUGACAAUGGUGGCUGUUCACAUAUCUGCAUUGCAAAAGGAGAUGGAACCCCAAGAUGCUCAUGCCCAGAUCAUCUUGUACUUUUACAGAAUCUCUUAACAUGUGGAGAACCUCCAACUUGUUCCCCAGAUCAGUUUACCUGUGCGACUGGGGAGAUAGACUGUAUCCCAAUGGCAUGGCGAUGUGAUGGAUUUCCAGAAUGUGAUGACCAGAGUGAUGAAGAUAGCUGUCCUAUAUGCUCAGCAGCCCAGUUUCAGUGUGAGAAAGGACAAUGUAUUGAUGCCCGCUUGCGGUGUAAUGGAGAAAUUGACUGCCAAGAUAAAUCCGACGAAGCAGACUGCAAUACAAUCUGUCUCCCAAAUCAGUUUCGAUGUGCCAGUGGCCAGUGCAUCCUCAUAAAACAGCAGUGUGACUCCUUUCCAGAUUGCAUCGAUGGUUCUGAUGAACUCAUGUGUGAAAAAAAUACAUCCUCAGAUGAACCUCAACCCCACGUUAGUGCUAUUGGACCUGUCAUUGGUAUCAUACUGUCCCUUUUGGUCAUGGGAGGAAUGUAUUUUGUUUGCCAGCGAGUGGUAUGUCAGCGCUAUGCUGGACCCAAUGGACCUUUUCCACAUGAAUACGUCAGCGGAACCCCUCAUGUUCCUCUUAAUUUUAUAGCUCCAGGGAGUUCUCAGCAUGGCACUUUUACUGGUAAGGAUGGCAUCUCUUGUGGAAAGUCUAUGAUUAGCUCUAUGAGCCUCAUGGGAGGAAGUAGCGGUGCCCCUCUGUAUGACAGAAACCAUGUUACUGGAGCCUCUUCUAGUAGUUCAUCUAGCACUAAAGCCACUUUCUACCCACAGAUUUUGAACCCUCCUCCUUCCCCAGCCACUGAUCGCUCCUUAUAUAACACAGAGAUGUUCUAUUCCUCAAACAUUCCUUCAACAACAAGAUCUUACAGACCCUACCUGAUACGAGGGAUAGCUCCACCCACGACACCAUGCAGCACAGAUGUGUGCGACAGCGACUACACCACAAGCCGGUGGAAGGCCAACAAAUACUACAUAGAUCUAAAUUCAGACUCAGACCCUUAUCCCCCUCCCCCCACGCCUCGCAGCCAGUAUAUGUCAGCAGAAGAAAGCUGCCCUCCAUCUCCCGCCACAGAGCGAAGCUACUUUCACCUCUACCCCCCUCCACCGUCUCCUUGUACAGACUCCUCAUGACCUUAAUAGAAGGAACAUGUCUUUUAAUGUAAAUAUUUUUAAAUAUGAACAAAGAUUAAAAUAUAUUUUAUGAUUUUAAAAAUAAAUAGGGGUGGGAAUUUAAAAAAAGAAAAUGUGAAUAAAAAUGGAUGGGGUGGGGCUGUGAAAAUGUGUACAGUGGAAGAAUAUUUAUAAAUUUGAUUUUUUUAAUUUAAUUUCCAUGCUUUUGUGCCAUAAUUGCCUUUUUUUAAUUGAAGAAGUCAGGAAACUGACUAGACCUCCAAGGGACUGAGGUGUGGCGGGUGGGGAAUGGGGAUGUUGAGCCUUUGUGGGUUUUUUAAAGUCCCCUUUUUAAGUCUGUAAAAUGUAUGUCAACAUCUCUCUCUCUCACACACACACACACACACACACACACACACACACACACACACACACACACACACACACACACACACACACACACACACACACACACACACACACACACACAGAGAAAGGUUAUUGGAAAAAAAAGAAAACAUUUUUGUUUCAAAAAUAAUUUGUUCACUGCCAAAAAAUUAAUAACCAAAUAAUAUUUUUGUUUGGAACAUUGAAUGAAAAAAAAACAAAGCUCGCUCCUGAAUGUUCCCUUUUGCAAACGAGCCAGUUGCUUCCCAGAGGAACCCAGGCACUAAAAGAGGACUGGAUUUUGAACCUUGCCUGCUAUUCACUCAGCACUAGUCACUCUUGCCAGUUUGACAUGAUGAAACAAGCUCCUCCAUCAUUUCCUAGCAGCCACUUCACUCUAGGUGGGCAUGGGUCCACAGAGCCAUUCCCAGAGAGAUUGUGGGGGUCAGCCAGGGAAGGUCUGUUAUAUUAAGUUAGUCUCCUUUUUCCUGAAAAAUGGUAGCAAUUCUGUCACCUUUUUCCUGAAGUCUGGAAUUUAUAGUCAGUUCUGUAUGAGUAGCUCCCACUCCUGUAUUUAGCUCAGCAAAUUGCUUUACUUCCAGAUGUCCGGAUCCCAAAGUGUGGGGUUCCAGUGACAUGCCUGCUCAUAUUUAUUUCAAUAGGAAAGUUUUAAGAUUAAAUAUGUGGGAAACUAAAUGUGUAUAGAGGUAGAACAAAAAAAUACCCCAAACAAACACACGCAUAAACAAAUAUGUGCGCAAAUGCAUGUGAUUUAGUCUUGGUCCUAUGAAAAUUUGCUAGAAAAUGUGUUUAAUUUUACCAAAAGGCAGCAAAAGUAAGGACUUUUUUUAUAUUUUCUCUUUUUUAAAAUUAACUCUUACAUCGUAGAAACUGAUAUAAUACCAAGACAACACCACAAAAGAGAUCUGUUUCAGGCAUUUAACAUGUAGCACUUAACACAGGGGUUCUCAAACUGGGGGUCAGGAUUCCUCGGGGUCACAAGGUUGUUGGGGGGGUCACGAGCUGUCAGCCUCCACCCCAAACCCCGCUUCACCUCCAGCAUUUAUAAUAGUGUUAAAUAUAACAAAAGUGUUUUUAACUUAUAAGGGAGGGUCAUACUCACAGGCUUGCUGUGUGAAAGGGGUCACCAGUACAAAAAUUUGAGGACCAUUGACUUGACUUAAGAUGAUAGUUGUGUGGUUAUCGGUUCCUUUUACCAAACUUACAGACAUGAACUAUAUUUCUCCUUGCUAUAGUAAAAGGGCUAUGCCAUUGCACAGCACUUUUAGAAACGGUCCUUACAAUGGCAGCCAUAAUGUGGACACAUAGUCAAGACACUUGAGGAAAAAACUAGAUAUACAGAUCUGCACCUGUUUUUACAGCUGCUGAAGAACAGAUGCCAUCAGCCUCUGACAGACUUAACAUCAUUGACAGAAAUGAAACCUUUUAGUUUUUGAACUCCCAAGUUGGAUUUUUAUUUUAGCAAGCUUUUUUUUUGAGAGAGAGAGAGCACGAUAGGGAGACCGAGUGAGCAAGAGCGAGGGGAAUCCUCCAACUAAGGGCCAAAAUUCUUCACUUGCAUCCUCAGUGUGGAUUUAAACUCCAAACAUUCUGAUCCUGCUACAUUCUCAGAUCUCACUGUCUGCUCUUCCUAUCCACAUGGAUCCAAGAACAGAAUUUUGCUCACUGUGACUGGCAUUUUAUCAAAAGUCUGAGAAGGAGCUUGGGUUAGUUAGCUUGGUUUCUAAAAUCCCUAGCCUCUCUGAUUUGGAUUCAGCUCAGAGGAGAUGCCCUUUGUUUGUCUGGAGAAAAUCAGAACAAAGUAUUAAGAGUUUAAUUUUGCAGAUCAACCCUAUACUAAGAACACUGCAAAAUGGAUUUUUUUCCAUGAACGUUAGCUGUUCUGCAGUAUGUCAGGAGAGAGGAGGUCAUAGUGUCUAUUAACCUUAGAGUGACUCUUGGCAGAUCUCUGGGAAAUGGUGUGAGCUAUUUGGCUGAAUGAGGAUCAAAUUUCAUAUCAUCAUGUUUCAGUCAACUAGAUUGUAAAUAGAAAAAUCCAUGGAGUAUUUUACAUAAAAUAUCCCUCAUCUAAAGAAGAGUUUACACCAGUUGGAGACUACAGUCCAGUUAUGUAUUUUUCUCACACCAUUGUAUUUAAGUGUGUGUGAUCAUUGCUCCUCAUUUCUUAAUGAAGUCAUAAUUUUAGUAAUGUCACUUUACAGCUCUUGCAUAGAAAUAUGCAAUGUUACAUUUCCUGUGCCCUUGCGAUGAUGCUGGAUGCAAGAUUACAUUGAUUUCUUUUAUAAACCACUGUUCAUUUAAAAAAAAGAGAAUCACUUUUUUUUUUAAUCGUAACCACUUUAUCUGAAAACUUAUUUCCUAUUAUGAUGUUUGGGGUUGAGUUUAAGGAAACUAGGAAUUUUGCUCAGACUUUGAGUUAUCUUGAUGGUCAAAUUCAGACCUGACUAUGGGAAACACUUCUGGAUAUGUAUGAAUAAACAAAGCAUAUACAGUGCUUGAAAACAGCUUUUAAAUUUCAGUUGGAAGAGCAGAGCCUUUUGCUGUGAUGACCAGUUUACUGAGAAAUGACCUUAUUUGAGACACUGGAUGAUGGUCGAUAUCUGAGACUGUGUUUUUAGAAGUUCUGACUUUCUUUAUUAUUAUUAUUGGCUUAGUUAUCAAUCCUAAAAAGAACUUGUUUAAGAAUUAAACAUUUUGUUUAAAUAGAAUGUAAAAUAUUACUUCUAAUUGCUGGAGACUGUGUACAUCUUACACAGGGUUCCCCACACUGCCGAUAUCCUAGAAAAAAUGUCCUAUUUCAGUAAGAGGCGUCUGCUUCCUGGAAAUAUGAUGCAGCUUGUUCCUGUGAAUGUACUUCAAGCCUUUUGAAUUUCAGGCUCCUCGACUGAGCAAAAUAGGUGCUAUUUUCCUCUAGUUCAGACUGACAGAGAACUGUUAAAUGAAAAUAAUAGGUUAUGGCCAUUGGAUAUUGACCAAGCAGAAAAUAAAAUGUGUGAAGUGUUUUUUGGUAGUUUGUAUGUCCAGUUUUAUUAACCAAGUGUGCCUUGGGAAAGAUGACAACAGUGUUUGCAGAGAGAGAACUCUUAAAAUCUGCAGGAAGAUGCAUGUGUUUGGAUUGCCUUAGUUUGAGCAAUUGUGGUCUUAAAUCAGUUUAGCCUGGUGUUUUUCAUUUUCCUUGUGAUCAUUAUUAUUCACUGUUGCAGUAUGUUAGCACUUCAGCCAAUUUAAGCUAAGCCAGACCUGUGUCUGGUGUGUAGCUAGUAAUGGGCAAAGGAUGUAAUUAAUCCUGUGCCAUAUUUAACAGACAGGUGUACUAGGAAAGUGGAGAGAGAAUGAAAGACAGACUCUAUUUACACUUGUAAAAGGAACUAUCUUAUGUGGUGGCUACACUGAGAUUUGCCCUGGUUACAACUGUUGAUAUAGAUGGAGCAGGGUAGUGCCAUAGUGUAGACAGACAAAGCUGCUAUAAAUCAUGGUUUACACCAGUGAAGUUACUCCCGUUUCAAGCAGGGCUAAAGUGCAUCAGGGCAAAUUGUGGCGUACAUUGGCUUUAUACUGGUUCAGCUAAGUGGGUGGCCAGCCACUCAGGGUUGAAAUUCCCAGUAAAGAGAAGGCCUUUAGUCCACAGAUAGUUGUUCGUGUUUGGAAAUCUUCAUUAGUACUGCUUUGAGGUUUCAACUGCCAUUUCAACUCUGCUUCACUCCAUUCUGGAGAAACCUCCAAAAAGCACCAAAGCCAAGACAAUUCAAACAUGUAUAUGCCAAGGAAUGGUGAUGUUUGCCUCACGGUAGCGCCCCAGUACUGUGUUGCUUUAUUUCCUCAUGGUGAUCCCAUCGCUCUCUCUUACACUCCUGGUAUUGAUCUUUCAGAAAUUCCCAGUUCCAGGCCCCUGUUUCAUCUAGCACUAAUUUAUAUAAGCCACUGGUCCCCGAUCUUUAUGGAAAGCUCUACCAUCUUCUCCCAGCCUUCUAUCUUCUUUUGUGCCGGGUGGUGCCUCCUGCGCUGUCCUUCCAUUUCAAGACAGGGAUUUGGUGCAUACCCAAGAUCUGUGGUGGAUUAGUGUAUACUAGUGAAUGGGAGGCUGGGAACAGUAACACUCCGGAGCCCCACUUAGAGGCUAAUCCAGAGCCCAUUGAUGUCAGUGGAAAGACUUCCAUUGACUUCAGUGAGUGUUGGAUCAGGCGCUACGUUAGGGAGGGGAGCUCUAUAAUACCAGAGUCUGUUGUCAGUCCUAGUGCACUUACCAGUUACCAUUGGUAUAAUUCGCCCUUCUUGUUUGCCCUGAGCAUUUUGAAAGGUCUCUGAUGGGCAUUGCACUGAGCCAAUCCAAGUGAGUAGCUGUGCUUAUAAUUGAGCUACAACUGAUAUCCGUGAAUGUCAGGAAAUGAAAACAGAAGGCAGGCAUGUUCCCAAUAAUUAAAAACACACAAAAGUGCUUGGCAUGGAGCCCUGAAUUUGAAAUAUCAUUUUUGAUGUUAGGCAGAACUGAGGGACAUAGUGUAAAUAAUAUCCUUAUUUGGACAGAGCAUUGUAUGCAAACCACAGCCAAAGGGGGAUGGUGGUUUACAGGGUCAAUUAUUCAACAGUUUAUAGGUUUAAAUGAUUUUGAAUAUGUUCCUCAGUAAAAAUUUGACUCAAACACAAAAGAUUGAAAGAAAAUUUGUCUACAGAGAAGGCAAGUUUAACUGGCCACUAAAUAACCAAUAAUCCUGGCUACAGAAAACUCACUGUGAGAUGCCCAAGAAUUCUAAUACAGCUCAUCACUUAGACAUAGCAAAUACUGAAUUUUGGUUUCUUUUUGUUACGUUGUUACAUUAAAAACCCUUGGGCCAUUAUUCUGAUUUUAUUUAACAGUAAGGUAUCAGUUUUAUAUUUUAAAAUGUAACAAGUAUCUGAAAUGAAUACUAAUAUGCAUAAACACUUUGUAGCUCCCGUAAUUUGUUUUCUUGCCCUGCUUUCUGUAAAUACGUUGUUGUACUAGUAUUCUUUUCUUCUUUGAGACUGGCCAACAGCUCUAUGACAUUAUGACCCCACCUGAGAAGGCUCUGAAAUAGCCCAUUGCCCCUUGUCUGUGUUGGACCUAAUGGUAGGGCUGGUGGAAAUGAGUCUGAUACAAUAGUCCUCUGCUCCCCAAAUUAAAAUCCAGCAGUCCCAGGUCCAAAGAUCCUAAAUUUACCUCCAAGCUUCCGUGGCAAUACCCUGCCAACUCUUAGUUGGUCUAUGAACGUUACUGAGCUAUAAUGACCAAGGACCUGAUCCUGACUGGUUUCAGUGGGGAGUUAAGGCCCUGAUUCUGCACCAUUUACUUCAGUGGGCAAAGAAACAGACUGCUAAUGCACUGAAGACCUCACUGAUCAAUCCCAAGCAGAAUUUUUAGACUGACCAUCAGGUAUGGAGACAUGUCUGGAUUGUGUUUUCAGAGACAGAAAGCAAAUUUGAAACCUCGGGUAAGUGACUGACUGAUUCACCAGCACUAUAUGUUUCUGAAAAUCUAAUACUCAAACUGAAGCACCUGUCUCUAGAUCAGGAACAUACCAUGUUCUCCUAGUGCAGUGAUCAUCCAUACUUCUUCAGUGUGUGUGUGUGUGUGUGUGUGUGUGUGUUGGAGAGAGAGGUACUCCAACUUAAUUUGUAAAAUGUAUUUGCAGGAGAACACUGUAAAUAUGUACUGAAGUAUUUGGUUGCAAUUAGAAACAAAAUACUUGUGAUAUCGAAUAUAUCAAUCUGAGGCAGAUAAAGUAAAAUUGCUUAAAGCAGGAGCAGCGCUUUGCUGUUGUACGUGAAAUUUGGAGAGCAUUGUAAAGAGAAAUCUAACUCAGACAGCUUUUUUUAUCUUAUCUAAAUAUACUGCAAUUGCUGCUAAUGUAAAUGUUCGUGAAUAUACAAAGAUUACGAAGAUUUAUUAUGAUAAAAAGAAUCCCUCACAUCAAUCUUUUAUAUUUAUAUUAAAAUAUGUAUUCUGCAAACAA